AGCGCGUCCAGCUGGUGUCGGUGCUGUAUGGGGGGUUGUGGCUUGCGAUGCCAGCAGCGCGUAAGCUUCUAAGUUAUCGUAGAUAAAUUUUUAAAUACUCCUUUUUCCCCCUAACUACUUGCAAGUUUUAGAGCGCUUCGUUAGUAGCUUCAAGCCAAAACAAUCAUGGCAGGUGACUCGGUGGACGCAUCGGACAGUAUUUCACCUCUGGUGGGACUGGUGUACAUAUUCAACCUGAUUGUCGGCACGGGGGCACUUACAAUGCCUGCAGCUUUCAAAGAUGCUGGCUGGCUCCUCAGUCUCAUCAUUGUAGUUGUGCUUGCCUUUAUGAGCUACUUGACGACGACGUUUGUGAUCGAGGCCAUGGCUUCAGCCAAUGCACUUGUUCACUGGAAGACGCUGCAGCACUACAAGCGCGUGGUUGACGAGGAGGAGAGCGCCAUCACACAGGCCCAGCAGGAGGACAUGGUGUACUGUGCCUCGGGCUGCUCUAAGUGCCUGAAAUGCAGCGCAUGGCCUACGGUGCAACUCGUAGGUCGCUCAUCGGCCAUGAAGGCCAAACUAUCAAAGCGAAACUAUCUGGCAAUUCAAAUCGAAAGGGUAACUAAUGAACUCAGGACGGAUGACAUCAUCUCCAAGUGUGUAGACGAGGAUGAACGAGUGCCUCUUCUCUUAAGCAAUGCAGCGGAGCGAAUGGCAGAGUCCUCACAUGUCAACUACUUUGCCAUCACUGAACGCUUCGAGCUGGGCAAGAUGGCGUCCCUCUUUUUCAGCAAAGUGGGUGUGAAUCUCUUCUACGUGUGCAUAGCUGUGUACCUGUAUGGAGACCUGGCCAUAUACGGUGCGGCUAUUUCAAAGUCUGUUCGUGAUGUAGCAUGCCAAUUACCAGCGACGUCUGUAGAAAACUUAACCACUACGGCCAACAUUUCAAACGAAACUCAUCCAAAUGACUUGCCGUGCUGGAAAAACUCCACCAUCACUCGUGGAAACGCUUACAGGAUAUUUUUGUUGGUUUUCCUGGGUCUUGUUGGGCCGUUCACCUUCUUCAACGUGCAGAAGACAAAGUACUUGCAGAUCUUCACAACCCUGAUGCGCUGGAUUGCAUUCACCUCGAUGAUCGUGCUGUGUGCUCUGGCCCUGGGCCAGGGUAAAGGUCAGGGCCACCCUGCCCUGGCCGUGCCCACGGGCCUGCCCAACCUGUUUGGGGUGUGCGUCUACUCGUUCAUGUGCCACCACUCGCUGCCCUCGCUGGUCACCCCGUGGCGAGAGAAGCGCCACCUGUUCCCCCUGCUGGCCGCCGACUACAUGCUCAUCCUGGGCUUCUACACCCUGCUCAGCUUUACCGGCAUCUUCACCUUUCCCGAGCUGCACGACAUGUACACCCUCGACUUCCAGCCAAACAGCGACACGGGCGACUCCAUCAUUCCACGCAUUCCGGUGCUCCAGUACUUCCUGUCGCUCUUCCCAGUGUUCACGCUAAGCACAAAUUUCCCCAUCAUUGCCAUCACACUCCGCAACAACCUGCGCUCCCUGUUCCUCCGCGAGGAAUCCGCAUCUAGCCAGCUGGGGUCGAAAUCCCGCAGCAUAUCUUCGUCGGGCAGUUCCAUGCAAGGCGGAAUGCCACCACCACAGUCUCGCAAGCAGGUGCUUGUAGAGCGUUUCAUCUUCCCGCUGCUGGCCUUGCUUCCACCGGUCGCCAUUGCUUUAGCCACUGAGAGCGUAGAGUUUUUGGUUGGCUUCACGGGUUCCUACGCUGGCGCCUUCAUCCAGUACAUCAUACCAGUGGCGCUGGUGCAUCGGGCCAGGAAGCAAGUGCUCGAGGCACUCGGGCUCGGCGUCAAAAACCAGCAUGCCUCACCAUUCCGCCAUGGCGCUUGGCUUAUCUUUGUGCUGGUCUGGGCAGUGGCAUGUGUGACACUGGUGACUGUGAACCACAUCAUCAUACUGGCAUAGCACACCUCUUCUCCGCUGCCACCUUCGGUGACAUGACAGCAUCAGUGUGUGCACGUGACCAGAACAGCUUUGAAAGUACCUCAGUUUUACCGGUGUUCAUUGUUCCUCCGACCCGGCCCAAUGUUUGCCACUCCUUGGGACUCUACCAUUGAUACAAGGGCCAGUGAUAGCACAGUUUCCUGUCCUUGCACCACUAGCACUGCCAUGCCCUUCCACCAGCUGUGUCAUGUGCAGCGCAAGAUGGGAGUCCUUGGGAUCCUGAUUGGUUCACACCCCUUUAUUAACUUGCAGUCCAGUCUCAGCAUUGUCAGAUUUCGAUGAAAACGUGACUACCGCCCAGGCCACUCUCCUAUAUCUUGCCCUUGGAGUGCAUUUUCAUAGACCUGGUUCAGCAGAGCACACAGCUGGGGGCACAACAAGACCACUAGUAAUUAUCGCAUUACUUGGGUGGCACUGGGACAUUGUUUCCCUGCACAACCCUUCAGUCACAGCAUCACCUGCAGAAACGUUAAUAGGCAUCGGUACUUGUUGGUGAGCUACCUCGCUUCAACGCUUCCCCCGAGUUGCAUCACCUGUGGCCUUGGUGCUUUGUCUUUGCUGCUGUUGCUGCAGCAUUUUGUUCAGCGAGCACUUCAUGUGCGCACAUCGCCAGCUUCAUUACUGCUGGUCUGUGGAACUGCUGCAAAUGCACAGCCGCUGCUGAACCUUCAAUUUGCUAAUGCUUUGCCAGAAGAUUUUGCCAAGUUCAAGCACCCCUGAAGACAUUGGUUUUUAUUUAUUUUUGAUUUCUGAUUGUAAACUAAUGGUAAGUGCAAUUGUUGCCUAGCACAAGCAUUGACAGAUUUGUUUGCUUUGAUGGGCAAGUUGAAAUGUGAGGAAAGUUGUUUCCAGGACAUGCAGCAAAAGCAGAGUGGCAUCUGCACUUUUUAUUCAGUCUGCAUGACGCACCAGUAUAUGUGCAGCACCUUUGAUGAUGAUGCGACAUACAAUUCAGUGUGCUAAACGUGAACAGCUGUUGCAAAACGUUGUUCCAGUGUUUGGAUGAAAGGGUGCGUUCACACUGAACUCUCUCCCAGUUUAAUGGACCUGUUUCUUUACUCAAAUUAUCGACGAAGGUGCCUGUUUUGUGUUGAUGUUCUCUCGUCAUUUCCAGCACUUUGAACAUAUUUCUCCAAAGCAUUGAACACGGGUAUAUUUGUGGGCAACCAGGUCUGUGUGGGCCUUGGGUCACUAACUGUGGUCCUGUGCUUAAGUCUUCCAAGCUCUACAACUUGCAUUUGCCCACCAUUUGCCCUGGUUGGCACCAACGAUUGUUCACUGUGCUCUUCCCCAUAAAACUCGCUUGCACAUUGAGCAGGAUUAUGAUCCUGUGCUCUUAUGGAGUGUUCAUCACAGCACAAGCAGCAUGUCUUCAGCUUUAAAAAAGCGUACCCCUUGCACUACUAUAUUCUCAGCCAAUCACUUUUAGGGAUGCUUUUCACCUUCAUGGAGGAUUUUGUAGUGCUCUGCAUGACUUGUAUAUGGACAUUUAAUGACAGCGUGACUGUUUUGCUGCCUGUCCUGUAAGUGUGUUGGGUAACAAUGCGAUGCAGCUAAAACACUGAUUGGAAGCGCAGAUGGCGGCAAGUGUUAGGCGAUGCACUCUUAGUAAACGUGCAUGAACUGAAAGUGGUAUCCAUGAAAGUGAUUACUAAGAGCAUGGUUGUGCUUCUUUCUAGCUUUCUCGGUUUACUGCACCUGUGUUACAUUUUCUUGACCACUGCAAUUGUUUAACUCUUCAUGUGGCAUUGACUGAUGUAAAACAGUCAAUGCCACAUGAAUCGAAGAGUUAAGCAAUUGCAGUGGUCCUUGCAAUAUGUGUUUCAAUAUGCACUACAAUAGGUGCAGUGGCCAACCUGGGCUCCAUGCACUGUUGAUGCCGUUCCAUUUACUCCACAUUUUAUUGUAGAUGAAUUUGGGACACAAAUUGUUAAACAGUGAAACAGUGCACAUUGUUACAGCCCCUCUCAAUUGGAUGUGUAGACAGCAGUGCCAUGCACAAAUUGGAGCAGCAAUGUUCAUUCGCAGCAUACACCCACCAGCAAAUUAUACAGAUGAUGGGUCCCUCAAAAAAACAUUUAAACUUUUCACAGCAUAGGUGCAUAAUGUAAAAGGGAUUGAUUCAGGCUUUUACUUCCAGUGCCAGGCAGAAGGCAAAGAAAUUCAGUUUUACCAUUUUGUCUGUGUUCCUUAUGCUUUUGCUUGGCGUGGUUUUGUAUCUGCAAUUGUCGGGAGGUAUGAAACACUCCUAGUUGUGUAUUGGAGGCAAUUUUUGGAACACUCUACUGUGUCUCUAAAAACGUUUUGCUAUUCUGGAGAGAUGGAUGGGUGUUGGGAUUGAUUGUAUACCUGAAGUUGGCCCCCACAAUGCUUAUAUAUUUACUUUUGUGGACCACUUAGUUGCUUCUUGAUGUACAUUCUGCGAAACAAUUCUGACAGCUACAUGCUCCCUUUCUUGACUGUGGAUUUCAUUAGUUAGCUUUUACGGCUUGUCAGAUUGAAAGUAUAGAAUAUACAUUUUUCUUGUUUAGCAGUACUUCUAGUGCUGCAGGCAUAGGGAUGAAUAGACAGGAAGGUUACGAUAUAAGGUCAGUCUUUUAUACAAAAUGCUAAUUUAUAUUUGUUGCAUAUGUGCUCUCGUUGUUUGAUGUCUGUUUAAAAUUUUGCUGCAGGGAUGUUGGCAUGGCUGCUUAAUUACUAUGGUUUACUGUGGGUAAUGUUAAGAUUGUUUUUGCAGUAUUUUAAUUGUCACUUUUGUGUCAGGUUUUAGCUCACUGCAGCCAAGUGCAUAUCGUCGGCUUGCACUUUUUCUAAUAACUUCGUAAUUUAGGUAAACAAAAGCUGGUCUCCAUUGUUGGGGCACAGUUUCUGCUGAUGCAAAUUCACAAUGUUGCAGCAGAGAAUUUUCUAUAAAAUGGCUUAGAAAACUAGUGUUUUAUUAGCUGUUCAUAGCUCUUUUGCCAUUCUUGAUUGUGGAUGUAAAGGGUGUGGUGUGGAAUACGACUGGAUCCUGUGUGUUGCUGCAAAUGGGACACUGUUGUACACAUUUCAAACCAUGAUAGUCAGGAUGACGGGACCACUCAUUUUAACCUCUGAACUUGUGGUAUUUAUUUCCAUGUCUUGAACUGUAUGCUUUCUUUCUUUUCCUGUUUAAUUGCCCACAAUGUUCAAUUCCGUCCAUAGCAGUUGGCAUCUGGGCGUGUCUCCAACAAGUAACAGGCAGUUUGCAGCCGUUCCACAUUGCAGUCAUUCAAACUUCAUGAAUGUCUGAGCAUUCAUUGUGGUCAAAGUUUGCAAGCUACCAACAUACCUCCUUGCUUUCUUCUUUGUCUGAUUCAUUUAGUUUUCGCAUGUCACUGGUGUCUGUAGCAAAUUAAUCGCUGUUGAAAUGCUUAGAAUAUGUCCCCAAUGUACAAAGUGGCAAUAUUUGCCAAUAAGUGGCAUCCUCCCUUCAAAUGUGUGGAUGUCACUUGCUCGGAAUAUUUUUGUACUGAUGAUGGCUUUGUCAUGUUCUUAGCUUGGAUUUUGAACAUCCUCAGUUAGCAGAUUUGGUACUCACCUGGUAGGCCUUCUGUGAUGUGCGCAAACCAUGUUUAUUGUAUUUCGUUCACUCUUGAAGUUCCUGUCUUUUGCAGUUACUAAUUUUAGUCCAAUGGACUUUUCUGUGGUGCAACCCAGUCUAGUCGUGCAAUUAUGUCAGAUGUUAAAAUAGUUCUCCCCCCCCCCCCCCUUUUUUCCCCACUUAACUGAGUACACCAAACAUGGGAUUUUUUUUUUCCAACUCUGAUAUUUUAUUUGUUCAUUGUGUAGUGUUUGCUCGUUAAGCUUUCUUAUCGGCAAUUGUGCAUGUUUUUGCUUUUGCCAAUACUGAAGGGAAUAAGCCUCUGCAUAAUUUCACAGGCCACAACCCCCCACUCUUUUACUCUUGAAUUAAGCCGGUUUGAAUGGACAUGUUACUUUCCAUGUUUACUAUUGUUAUUUGCAGGGCUGUUUUCCAUCUAGGCUGUGAAUGAGUAAUAAAUUGUAUUUUUGAGUAAA